CGUUGCGAGCAUUAUGAGCGAAAGCAAGGGCCACGUUUUGAAGGGAAAGAAUGCCCAUGAAUUGAUUCGUCACUUAGAAGUAAGCUACAACUCACGAUCAUUGUUUAAUGCCUCCUCUGUAUUUGAUGAAAUGCCCUCGCCAAGGUUGUUCGGCACCCAUCUGCCUUAUUCUGCUCUUCCACCUGAAGUCACGUCUUUGGGCUGCCGAAUGGUUUAUAUUGUUCGAAAUCCCAGGGACACUUUCGUUUCUCACUGGAAGUUCUUACCUUCACUACAAACUCUCUUCAAUGGUGAAACGACAGCUCCAGUUUCCAAGGAGGUAUUCUUUGAUUCAUUUUGUAAUGGUGUCUCUUUCUAUGGUCCUUUUGUUGAUCAUGUCUUGAGCUUUUGGAAUGCCAGCAGGAAUCGAAGUAACAUCUUGUUUGUGACAUACGAAGAUAUGAAGGCAGAUUCUUUGUACCACAUCAAAAAGAUUUCGGAUUUCUUGGGGCAAUCUUCUUUGACCGAGGAAGACAUUCGUUGCAUAGACAGUCAGUGCAGCUUUCCAUCUCUUUCCACUCUAGAUGUUAACAAAAGUGGCAAAAUGAAUUUCAAAAAUGUCCAGUUAAACAAUCGAGAUCUUUUUCGCAAAGGUGAAGUGGGUGAUUGGAAGAAUCAUUUCACCGCAGAAAUGAGCAGGCGCAUGGAUUUGGUAGUGGAGAAAAAGUUCCAAGAAGCAGGCCUGUUUCUCAAGUAUGAACUCUGACAUACAGAAACCGCCUCAUCAAACUGUUUGUACCCUCUG